AAGAGAGGUAGACCACCAAAGGCAAAGUCUGAUGUCGAAGUGAAGAUUCCUAAAAAGAGAGGUAGACCACCAAAGGUAAAAACUGACUCUGAAGUUAAGGUUGCUAAAAGGAGAGGUAGACCACCAAAGGCAAAGUCUGAUGCUAAGGUCAAAAGGCAAACUGUAGCUGAAAGAUUCCUGAGCCAAAGGAAGGUAAAACUCUCAGUGCCUUCAGAUAGUGUCAUAACCCCAACAGGUCCAGGUAAGUUCACAAUUCACGUGGAUCUUAAUAAGAGACCUGUGAGGAAAGCUAUAUUUUUGGAAACUGAUGAGUUACAGAUAAGCAACCCAAAUUCGUUCCCCAAGCUCCAUGGAAACCUGUACCUAAGCCUAGAACGGUACUUCCUAGGGAAAGACCUGUGCCGAAACCCAGGACUAAGCUUCCUAGGGAAAGACCUGUACCAAAACCUAGGACUAGGAAACCAGUGUCUCCUCCUAAGGUCCGUAAGCCUGUAAGAGUGUCGAGGGAAGUCAAGGAGCAGCCUUUUGUGGUUACACCAGAGGAGCGUGGGGUCGAUCCAUUCGGAACAGACCUUGAAAAGCCAUUCCACAGGAAAAUUGAAACAGCCGCAAAUGGAGCCGCUGUGACUUACUCGAUAACUCCUCAUUAUAUGGACCCUCUGGACCAGAUGACUGCAAGCAGACAGGUAGUGAGAGGAAUACUUGUAAACGAGUUAAAGAGAAUGGGUGGGUUGAAGUACACAGAGACCCUGAAGGUGAGAAUGUCAAAGGAAAUUGGUGACGGGAAAACCAAGAAGGACUCAGUCUACUUCAAAUCUAAAACUGGUACUGCGACUAACUUCGAGGAUAUUGAAAGUACUGCUGCUCAAAACCAACUGACAAUAUUGUCUAGAAUUGAAACCUUCCAAAACUUAGGUUCAAAUUGGAUUAUACUCAAUAUUGAGAGUCAUUAUGUGAACAUUGCAAUGUACAAACCGUUAAAGGGUAGUUCAUAUAUGAAACUUCCAGGGGACAUUAGUAAUCCAAAGUGUGGGCUUAUCAAUAUGAAGAACAAUGACGACAUGUGUUUCAUGUGGAGUCAUGUGAGACAUCUGAAUCCUAAGGCUAGAAGAGCAACCACUAUCACACAGAAAGAUAGGGAAUUCAUAACAAACCUGGAUUACAAGGGUAUAGACUUCCCUGUGAAGAUCAGCGAUAUUGAUAAAAUUGAGAGGAAAAAUAGUAUCAAUAUAUCGGUGUCCGGUUACAAGGGUAAGAAACAGUUCUACCCCAUAAGGAACUCCAAGGCUAAAUAUGAUGAGCAUAUGGAGCUUCUACUCCUAGGUGAUGGUGAAGGUAACAACCAUUAUGUGCUCAUAAAGGAUGUAAACAGGAUGCUCUUCCGUGUAAGUAAACAUACACAUAAGAAGCACUUCUGUCUACACUGUCUUCAUAGUUGUGUGAGCAAAGAGGUACUGGAGAAGCAUAAGGAAACAUGCCUGGAGGUAAAUGGAACUCAGGCUGUAAAUCUUCCCAAGGAAGGGACAAAAAUCAAGUUCAAAAAUCACAGGAACUCAAUGCCUGUGCCGUUUGUGAUAUACGCUGAUUUUGAGUCCAUACUAGUACCAGAGGAGAGAAAAGUGGAGUCAGAAAACCCUGAGGAUAAAAGUAGUACAGACCUUUACCAGACACACAAGGCUUGUAGUUUUGGUUUGAAGACUGUCUGCCACUAUGAUAAUAAGUACUCCGGUGAGUAUAAGAGUUACGUUGGAGAGGAUGCUGCAUUGGUCUUCCUAAAGACUGUAUUGAAAGAGUCCUUCAGAUGUAGAGAGAUGGUCAACAAUAUAUUCAAGAAAAAGAUGGUAAUUACACCCAAACAGGAAUUCGAAUUCCAGGCUGCAAGAAACUGUUCAAUAUGUGGUAACGACCUUGGUGAGGAUAGGGUAAAGGACCAUGACCAUGUAACAGGUAAGUACCGCGGAGCUGCUCACAAUAUAUGCAAUCUUAAGUAUAGAAUUACAUGGAAAGUACCUGUGGUCUUCCACAACCUGAGAGGUUACGAUAGUCAUCUGAUUAUGCAGGAAAUUGGUAAGUUCAAGAUGGACGUCAACGUGAUUCCAAAUAAUAUGGAGAAAUACAUCUCAUUCUCACUGGGUAAGAAUCUGGUCUUCAUAGACUCUAUACAAUUCAUGGCUUCUUCACUGGAAGCACUGGUAAGAACCUUUCACCUGAGGACUUCAGGAUAGUAGGUAAGAGGUGGAAGGGUGAGGACUUCAAUCUAGUGACACAAAAAGGAGUGUUCCCAUAUGAGUUCCUCGAUGAUAUUAGCAAACUCAAUACAGAAGUUCUUCCGAGUAAGGAUAAGUUCUACUCGUCACUGUAUGAGUCAGAGGUGAAGGAAGAAGAUUACCAGAGAGCUCAGAAAGUAUGGGAUCACUUCAAGAUGAAAACCAUGAGAGACUACCACGACCUCUACUUGGAGACUGACGUUCUUCUGCUGGCUGAUGUGUUUGAGAACUUCAGGAGAACAUGUCUGGAAAGUUAUGAACUUGACCCCGCACAUUAUGUGUCAGCACCUAGUCUGAGUUGGGACGCUUUCCUGAAAAAGUCAGGUGAAGAAAUAGAACUCGUAAGCGAUAUGGAUAUGUUUCAGUUCUUCGAGAAGGGUAUGAGAGGUGGUACAAGUUAUAUUGCUCAUAGACACUCAGCAGCUAAUAAUAAGUGGAGACGUAGGAUGAGUCGUCUGAGAACAAGUACCUAAUGUACCUCGACGCUAAUAAUUUAUAUGGCAUGGGCGAUGUCACAACCACUACCUAAUGGAGAGUUCGAGUGUGUUGAGGAAGUUGAUGGUAUGAAUCUAGAGGAUUACUUGGGAGACAACGGAAGGGGAAUGGUUUUGGAGGUUGACCUGGAAUAUCCACAAGAACUUCACGACCUACACAACGGUUAUCCUCUAGCACCGGAGAGUAAGGAAAUCAGUGCUUCUAUGUUGUCAGAUUAUGCGAAGAGUAUUGCUGAGAAAUUCCAACUGACAAUUGGAGGAGUAAGAAAACUAGUGACUUCACUAGGCCCCAGGAAGAAGUACGUUUUACAUGUACGCAAUCUGAAACUGUACACAGACCUUGGGAUGAAACUCACGAAGGUCCAUAGAGCGGUUACAUUCAAGCAGUCUCCCUGGCUAAAGGACUAUAUAGACUUCAACACGAAGAAGAAGUCAGUAGCCCGUAACACGUUCGAAAAGAACUUCUUCAAGUUGAUGAACAACUCGAUCUACGGAAAGACUAUGGAGAAUCUUAGGAAAAGGGUUGAUGUGAAAUUAGUGUCCUCCAAAGACGACUUCCUGAAACUGACAGCGUCACCUUGCUUCCAGUCACAUCGAAUCAUGAAUGAGAAUCUUAUAGUGGUAAAGAGGAUGAAAGAAGUUCUAACGCUGAAUAAGCCGUGUUACGUAGGAAUGAGCAUCUUAGACUUAUCCAAGACUUUAAUGUACGAUUUCCACUACAACACCAUCAAGAAGGAGUACGGUAAUAGUUCAAGGUUACUGUUCACCGAUACUGACAGUCUGAUGUAUGAACUGAAGACAGAUGAUGUCUAUGAGGACUUCAAGAGGAUCGGUGAGGAGCAGGAUUGCUGGGAUAAUUCAGAUUACCCAAAAGAUUCUCCAUACUACUCAACCCACAACAAGAAGGUUAUAGGUAAGUUUAAAGAUGAAGCUGAAGGAGUACCUAUAAUCGAGUUUGUUGGGUUAAGAUAA